UUCGGCGCCGUGGCAGAAUGGCGCAGUUUUCCACUACCUUUCUCCAGAUUGUCAAUAUUAGCUCCGGCCGUUUGCUCGCGAACCACAUUGGGCAACCUAACCCUAACCAAAGCUCAACUUGAAGCAAACAGCAGUCGGGAGUGCCCACGGACAACUGGCACUCUCGACGAGCAUGAAAGGGACUCUGUCGGCCAGAAACUACAUUAAAUACAAAGUCCACUCGCAAGACCCGCACUUCACCACACUGCACGGACACAUGUCCUCGAUCGACAUGGAGACCAACACACAGAUGUCCAACAUUGAAGUGGGAGAGCACGCGAGCGGUGAACUGUCAGCAACCCGCUCGCAACGACGCAAACGAGAAGCUCCUCAUGCCAUUGUUCACAGCGUCACUCUCCAAAUUCAGCAUACUCACGCCACCACGUUGCCAAGCCAGACCAGUACACUGAACACCUACGAACAACUUACGGCAGAGGAGUUUUCUGCAGCAGCCAACGUCGGUGCAGAGCUGAUUGCUCAGGCCAACUCCCACUUUGUUGCGUUGACAUACAUCCUCGAACGGUUGACGAGAACCUACCCCCUUCUCACAUCAGGAGAAUGUGGGUCUGUAACGCCCCAGAUUGCCUCUCUACUUCACGAGUCGAACACGGCACAAACCUCUUCCAGCGAUAUUGGCAACGGGGACAUUGAAGGCAACCCGCGGACGGGUUGGGAACCUCUAGUCCUGCUGCUGCAGACCCAACCAUCCGCGUCCAAUUCAGAGGGGGAAACCCAGGUCUUCAGGCAGAUCAUGGAGAUUCAUGCACUUGGGUUCUGCGAUAUGGUCAGCGACAGAAUUCUUAUUGGGGCACUAUGGAAGCGAAACCAGGUCUUGGGAACUCUGCAGCCGACGCAUUUAGAAACGUCGAAUGCCAUCCAGCACCUUCUUUCAGCCAACCGUCGAAUCUACGCACUCUCCCUACGCCACCGCAAGUUUGGUGUCCUCUGUUUUGACAAUGAUGAUGAAGAGAACACAACCUGGACGGCAAUGUGUGAGCAGCUAGGAGAUCUGCCCACCAAACGGUGCAUCCGAUCCACAUCUACGUCAAUCAUACCUAUCUUUUCAAAGGCGAAGCGAAACCUUUACCGCAUGCACGUGGAUUGAUGCACAACAAACGACCUCUUCCCGCUUUCGGUGGCCUUUCUAUCGCAAACUCCUCAGUUUGAUCAUCUCUCGCAAACUUCUCGGGCACUUGUGUGCACGACGGUAGAGUCUGUCGCCUGCACACUCAUCCCGUGGCUUCCACACAUGACACGCCAGGCUGGGAAUGAGUCCCAGUCCGAUGGCACAUCCAACCGACGCAGAUCACAUCAGCGGCAUCGCAAUCUUAGAGUAGGAUUCUACGCCAAUUUGCUAGAGGAUGUAGUGGAGAAUAUGGAUGUGAUUGACCUCGACAUCACAUCCCAAUCACUCCCCUGGGAGGUGCGACCAGUUAGCGUAGCUUCCGUGCGCCUUGUCUUGGAUCAACC